AUGGAUCCCUCCGAAAUUCUUCGAAUAGUGGCAACCCUGAAUACGCGACUCUUACGGGCUGAGCGUGUCUCAUCGAAAUACGAAGAGGAGCUAACUGCAGCGCUAUUUUCAUUGGAGCAAGCUCGGAAUGAAUUAGAAGAAACUAUCAAGAUAGCAGAGCUUCUUUAUGAAACAAACCAGAGAAUUGGAACAAUGGUUGACUUCCUGCUGGAAAAACAAGGCUUAAAGCUCGACAGGGAUCCAGCUUCGCUGGCGGCGAUAUCUAGCCAGCUGGCGAGUCAGGAUCACUCUGAUUUAUCUCCGUCUGAGGAAAGCAGCAACAUGAAGAACGCUGUGAACAAAGAAGCUCAUUCUCUUUCGACUAAUUAG